UGACCCCCAGAUAACUGUCGCGCUCACCCGUCGAACGCUGCUUGAGUGUGAUACACGAGGAAAACGCAGCAAGGCCGCCCGCCGUCGUCUCACUUGACAACAACGUAGGCGGUGCACGAUCGGGCGGUAGUCAUCAAGGGUGCGCGUGAUUGAACAAAGAACCAUGUCCCGGAAAGGCGAGGCGGGCAUCCGCGGCUCGGCUCGGCCCAAGUUCAUCAACGCCCCGGAGACGUGCGUCGCCGACAGCCUGGCGGGCUUCGUGGCCGUCAACACGGCCGUGCGCCUGCUUCGCGACUCCGGCGCCCUCGUGCGACACGACUACGAGCAGUUGGCCGAAGAGGGAAAAGUGGCGCUACUGUCCGGCGGUGGCUCGGGGCACGAGCCGGGAUUCAGCGGCUUCAUCGGAGAGGGCUUGCUGACGGCAGCGGUAGCGGGACCCGUGUACACCUCUCCCUUCUCGGACAACAUCCUGGGCGCCAUCAGGACAGUGGGAGGAAAGAACAAGGCUGGCAUGCUGGUUUUCGUGUGCAACUACACGGGCGACCGACUGACCUUCGGCAUCGCCAUGGAGAAGGCCAUCACGGAGGGCAUCCGCGCCGAGAUGGUACUCAUCGCCGAGGACACUGCGCUUGCGCACACCCAUCCGUCCACCGGCCGGCGAGGAUUGUGCGGUUCUGUGUUCAUGAUGAAGAUUGCGGGUGCUAUGGCCGAGGAGAAGAAAAACCUUGAUGAGAUCAAGGCGUUCGUCCAGGCCAAGAAGCACAAUAUGGGUACCAUAACCGUGGCGCUCACGCCUUGCAGCCUUCCUGGCAGGGACGAGCUACUAUUCAACUUGCCAGCGGGCAAGAUGGAGCUUGGCAUGGGUGUUCACGGGGAAGCUGGGGCCCUGAGAGUUCCCAUAUUGUCCGCUGCGGAAACUGCUGAGCUUAUGAUCAACCACCUAAGCAACGAGCAGUCCAAAAAUUCCUUACACCUCAAGAAAG